AUGGACUCCUUGAGAAUCCUCUCGCUGGCACGGAACCAGAUCAAAAAGAUCGAAAACCUGGAGGCCGUGGCAGAGACGCUGGAAGAGCUCUGGAUCUCGUACAAUCUGCUCGAAAAGCUGACUAACCUGGAGAAGCUCUCCAAGCUACGAGUCUUGUUCUUGUCAAACAAUAAGAUUGCCGAAUGGGCGGAGAUCGAACGGCUGGCGCAGCUCCCGGCACUGGAAGACCUGCUGCUGGUCGGCAACCCGCUCACCGAAAAGUACAACGUCUCAGCGGCUGAUAAUCCAUCCAAGCCAGGAAGCACGUGGAGACUAGCGGUCCUCCAAAGAUUACCAGGGCUCAAGAAACUGGAUGGGAUCUUGGUGGACAGGGAAGAAGUGGAGCAGGCCGCAGCUCAGAAGGCGGUCAGCUGA